UGAUCAGUUAUUUAACGGCCGAAGCUUUCGCGAGAACGAUUCUUUUUUUGCUGCGCAGUGAUUUCGGCCGUAUCUCGCGUUGUUUUUGCCUGCUGGCGUGUUUAUGCGAACACUUUAGAAAGCAUUGACUGCGGGAAAGGUCAUUGCGACCAGUGUCCAAUCACGGGUAGUGACGUUUGUGGAAAAAUCAAUUCACUCUAGUGACGGACGUCCAUCUUCGGUUCUGUGAUAAGCUGAGAUUAUUUUCUUACAAACAUGCCUGUUGGAACAUUUGACGGAUCGGAUAUUGCUGUCCUGAUCAGCAUCCUGAUCGUUUCGGCACUGAUUGGUAUCUAUUACCGCUAUACGGGCGGCAAACAGAAGACCACUCAGGAAUAUCUAAUGGCCGACCAGAGCAUGACAACUUUUCCGGUGUCCUUUAGCUUGAUGGCCAGCUUCAUGUCCGCCAUUUCCUUAAUGGGCGUCUCCAAUGAAUCCUACGAGUUCGGCACCAUGUUCUGUGUUAUCAACAUUGCAUAUGUGCUGAGCACGCCGAUUGCCGCCAAUAUGUUUUUGCCGGUUUUCUACAGAAUGCGAACCACCAGCGUUUACGAAUAUUUGGAGCGACGCUUCGGCCAGGCAACCCGAUUAUCCGCCUCUCUGGCCUUCACCUUGCAAAUGGUGCUCUACAUGGGCAUUGCUCUCUAUGCACCGGCUCUCGCCUUGGAGGCGGUGACUGAAAUUCCGCGGUCAACGGCCAUCGUGGUCAUCGGACUGGUCUGCACCUUCUACUCCACGCUGGGAGGCCUCAAAGCGGUGCUUAUUACGGAUGUGUUUCAAUCGUUCCUUAUGUUUGCCGCCAUCUAUGCGGUGAUUGUCGUAUCGGCCAUCAAAGCCGGAGGAUUUGGUCCUAUUUGGGAGGUGGCUGUGGAGCGGGGCCGAGUGCACUUCAGUGACUUCUCAUUGGACCCCACCGUGAGGCACACCUGGUGGUCGCUCAUCAUUGGCGGCAUGGUCACCUACCUCUCGCUGUACGGUGUCAACCAAACCCAAGUUCAGCGGUUGUUGAGUGUGCGCAACUUAAAGAGCGCUCAGUCGGCACUUUGGUGGAACUUGCCCAUCCUGGGAAUGCUUAGCUUCAGCACCAUCUUCAGUGGACUGGCUAUCUUCUACUACUAUCGGGACUGUGAUCCCCUGCUUGAAGGACGCAUUGAGAAGCGGGAUCAGGUGAUGCCACUUUUUGCACUGGACACCAUGGGUCAAUAUCCUGGCUUGUGUGGCCUCUUCGUGUCCGGAAUAUUCUCUGCCAGUCUCUCUACAAUUUCGUCGGCCGUCACCUCACUUUCGGCUGUAACGCUUGAGGAUUACUUAAAGCCGUUGUACAAGGCGAUAUUUAAGCGGACACUCCUUGACUCCAAGUCCACGUUGCCCACAAAAGUGGUGGCCUGUAUUUUUGGACUGCUCUGCGUCGGACUUGCAUUUGUGGCCGGUUCCCUAGGCGGAGUUCUUCAAGCGUCGCUCACCAUUUUCGGAGUUGUCGGCGGACCCCUGCUGGCCAUCUUCACCCUGGGAGUUUGCACGACGCGCACCAACCAGCGCGGAGUUCUUCUUGGAUUCCUCGUCUCUCUAAUUGUCUCCUUCUGGAUGGGUUUCGGCGGACCCAAGCCAAGACCUGUUACUCUGGAGUUCAGCACUUCGGGCUGCGAAAAUGCCACCGUUCUUUUAGCUCAUGCCGCUGAACUCAGCGCUAAUAGCAGCCCAGUGGUCGUCGAACCUCACUACUUCUGGUUAUAUCGGAUUUCCUACUUGUGGCUAAGCGUGAUCGGCUUUCUUAUCGCCGUCGUCGUCGGCUAUGUCAGCAGUAUUGUGCUGGCGCACUUUGGAAGGGCAGAAAACUCGCAAAUCUACUUGGACAAGUAUCAGAAGCAGCUGGACUACGACCUCUUCGCACCCAUGCUUUCCCGUCGCUGGCGACGCCAAGCUGAACAACGAAAACAAACCGUUCAGGACGAAACGCUCACCAACUUAACUCAGCAGUAGUUCCGACCGGUUUCGAAUUAGAUGUAAUUAUAUUUAUGAAAAGAAUUUCCAAGAGGCGCUGGCUGUACAAUCACGGUAUUUGCUUAGUCUUGUUACGGAUGUCGUACCUAAAAGUGCAUAACUAUGUGACCUUUUUGUAUACCUGUGUGAACAAAACUACAUACAGAGCGACCAAAACAGAGUCUUCCAUAUACAUACAUAUAAAAAACGAUAAUUAGUAGUUAUUAGCCGUGUUGCCGUGUUGUUGUUCACAAACAAAUAAUUAAGAGGCCUCGUAAGAAUAGUUAAAUGUUUUUUACACUUAUAUUUGAAGAGGAGGAGCCUACCUCAUUAGACUUUAAUAAGCGACAAUAACUACUUUGGAUUACUUUCCGAUGUCGAGCAUUGACAGCCACAAUGCCUCACAUUAUUUAUUGAUUUAAUUGUAACUUAAAACUUAAUUUUAUUGGGAUAUUUAUAUACACACCUACUUAAUUUAAUUAAACGCAUCUACUCAGCUUAUCGAUAUUUCCAUAGUUUCCAUAAUCAUCUAUCAUUGUAUACAUAAUGCAGUUCGAGGUCAGGGCUUUAAAUAUACACUACAGUGAGCACCACUAUUAAUAGUUACUAAAUGUUCUUAGCAUUGUGAAUUGUGUUUACAGAAAUAUACUAUAGAAUUAUAUAUAAGCGUGUUGUGUCGCAAUCAACUUUUGAACAAUAAUAAAACUAGGCAGUGAAAGUUAUAUGUAUUUGUGAAAACCAACUGCUGACCAUUAAA